AUGGGCGCCCUGCUCCGCCGCCUGCUGCUCGCGGCGCUCCUGCAGCUGGCCCGCGCCCAGGCGCCCGGCCCCCAGCCUGACGCCGCCGCCGGCCUCCAGAAGAAAGUGGUGUCAUGGAUAGAUGUGUAUGCGCGCGCCACCUGCCAGCCACGGGAGGUGGUUGUGCCCCUAACUCUGGAGCUCAUGGGCACCGUGGCCAAACAACUGGUACCCAGCUGUGUGACUGUGCAGCGCUGUGGCGGCUGCUGCCCUGACGAUGGCCUGGAAUGCGUGCCCACCGGGCAGCACCAAGUCCGAAUGCAGAUCCUCAUGGUCCGGUACCCGAGCAGCCAGCUGGGGGAAAUGUCCCUGGAAGAGCACAGCCAGUGUGAAUGCAGACCAAAAAAAAGAGAGGGUGCUGUGAAGCCAGACAGGGCUGAUACUCCCCACCACCAUCCCCAGCCCCGCUCUGUUCCGGGCUGGGACCCUGCCCCCGGAGCACACUCCCAAGCUGACAUCACCCAUCCCACUCCAGCCCCAGGCCCCUCUGCCCACGCUGUACCCAGCACCGCCAGCGCCCUGACCCCAGGACCUGCCGCUGCCGCUGCCGACGCCGCAGCUUCUUCCGUUGCCAAGGGCGGGGCUUAG